AUGAAUCUGUUGAAGAAGUGCUCUUCUUGCUUGGGAAAAAAGGAGAGCCCCUCAAGCUCAACUUCUCAUGAUCAGCCUCGUCUCCGCCGAUUCACCGUCCCGAAAAGCUAUGAUAUUAAACUGAAACCCGACCUCUCCGCCUGCAGAUUCGGAGGCAAUGUCUCUAUCGAAGUCGAUAUCGUCGCCGAUACUAGUUCCAUCGUCCUCAAUGCUGCUAACCUCUCCAUUGACUCUUCUUCAGUCUCCUUCUCCCAUCCCAACUCUAAGAAGGUAUUCGGGACACCAAAAGUAGAGGUGGUCGAAGCAGAUGAGAUUUUGGUGUUGGAAUUCGCCGAUACACUUCCCACGGGAAUGGGAGUUUUAACUAUUGGAUUUGAGGGUGUCUUAAAUGACAAAAUGAAGGGAUUCUAUCGAAGUACUUAUGAUCACAACAGUGAGAAGAUGAACAUGGCAGUCACACAAUUCGAGCCAGCUUAUGCAAGGCAAUGCUUUCCAUGUUGGGAUGAACCAGCUUUCAAGGCAAAGUUCAAGAUCACAUUGCUGGAUAUUCCGUCUGAACUAGUGGCCCUGUCAAACAUGCCGGUGGAGGAAGAACUGAAUAAUGGGAAUCUGAAAACGGUUUAUUAUCGAGAAUCGCCUGUGAUGUCGUCGUAUUUGGUCGCGGUCGUUAUCGGUUUGUUCGAUUGCAUCGAGGAUAGUACGUCGGAUGGGAUCAAAGUUCGAGUGUACUCUCAGGUUGGGAAGGCAAACCAAGGGAAAUUCGCUCUUAAUGUUGCUUUGCAGACACUUGGUUUUUAUGCAGAUUAUUUUCAUAUGCCCUAUUCUCUUCCUAAACUGGAUAUGGUUGCAAUCCCUGAUUUUGCUGCUGGGGCAAUGGAGAACUAUGGCUUAGUUACAUAUCGAGAGACGGCGUUGCUCCUCGAUGAUCAUCAUUCUGCCGCUGCCAACAGGCAGAGGGUAGCGACAGUGGUGGCCCAUGAACUGGCGCACCAGUGGUUUGGAAAUCUUGUAACAAUGGAAUGGUGGACGGACCUGUGGCUGAAUGAGGGUUUUGCAACCUGGAUGAGUUACUUGGCAAAAGAUAAGUUGUUCCCUGAAUGGAAAAUAUGGACACAAUUCUUUGUUCAUGAAACCAGUGAAGGUCUUAGUUUGGAUGGACUUGAAGAGUCUCACCCGAUCGAGGUGGAGGUAAGACAUGCCUCUGAAAUCGAUGAAAUAUUCGACACGAUAAGCUAUCGAAAAGGUGCAUCGAUCCUCCAGAUGCUUAAAGGCUAUGUUGGAGGUUCAUGCUUUCAGAACUCACUUGCUACAUAUAUAAAGAGACAUGAAUGGUCAAAUGCAAGGACAGGUGAUCUGUGGGCUGUUCUUAAGGAAGUAUGUAAUGAACCAGUGGACAGGAUAAUGGAUUCAUGGACAAAACAGAAAGGGUAUCCAGUUUUGUCUGUAAGAUUGAAAAACCAGACAUUGGAAAUCAAGCAGUCACAAUUCUUGUAUAACGAUUCCGAUGGUCGUGGUCUGUGGACUAUCCCAAUCACAUAUUGCUGUGGCAAUUAUGAUAACUCGAAAAGUUUCUUGAUGGAGAAGAAAUCCGAAACUCACAAUAUUAAGGAUUUCGUUUCCGACAUUAAUGAUCCAGCACGUUCUUGGAUAAAGCUCAAUGUCGAACAGGUCGGCUUCUUCAGGGUGAAAUAUGACGAUUGCCUGGCGGCUAAACUUCAAUAUGCAAUUGAAAACAAAUGCUUAUCAGUAACAGACAGACUCGGCAUUCUGGAUGAUUCGUUUGCGCUUUGUAUGGCACGUCAGAUGUCCUUAACUUCCUUGCUUACCUUCAUGGCUGCGUACAAGGAGGAACUCGACCAUUCUGUGCUGUCUAACUUGAUCAAGAUAUCCGAUAAGGUCAUAAGGAUUGUUGCAGAUGCAAGACCCGAACUAAUGAAUUACAUCAAACAGUUUUUUAUCAGCCCUUUCCUGCAUUCAGCUCAGAACCUCGGUUGGGACCCUAAACAAGGCGAGAGUCACCUGGAUGCGAUGUCGAGAGGAGACGUUCUCACCGCACUCACCAAGCUCGGUCACGAGGAGACGAUAAACGAAGCGAUUUCGCGAUUUAACGCUUUCUUGGAGGAUCGAAACAGUCCUCUCCUCCAUCCCGACAUAAGAAAGGCUGCAUAUGUAGCUGUAAUGCAGAAAGUCACCUCAUCAGACAAAGCAGGCUUUGAAUCUCUGAAGAUAAUUUACAAAGAAACUGAUCUAAGCCAAGAAAAAAUCAGGGUUUUAGGUUCAUUGGCAUCUUGUCCUGAUGAGGGCAUGGUACAUGAGGCUUUGAACUUUGCAUUGUCGUCCGAGGUUCGCAAACAAGAUGCAGUUUUUGCACUUGAUAUUAGUAAAGAAGGACGUGAAGUUGCUUGGAGAUGGCUCAUGGAUAAGUGGGAUGACAUUUGGACAACAUACGGCUCUGGGUAUCUAUUAACUAGUUUCAUCGGCUCAAUCGUGUCCCCGUUUGCUUCGACCGAGAAAGUGAAGGAAAUAGGGAAGUUCUUUGCAAACAGGACAAAGGCUGCCAUUGGAAGAACGUUGAAACAGAGCAUCGAGCAGGUCCAGGUCAAUGCCAAGUGGGCUCAGAGCAUUGAGAAGGACAAAGAUCUGGCCAAUGCGGUCAAGAAGUUGGCUAUCAACAAACCCUAGAAAUUGCUUAAUAUAUUCUUUCGUUUUCCUUCUCUAGUUUGGCUUGUUUGAGUGAGUUUUUAGUGUUUGAUUUGUGGGUUCAUUGGGAUUGAUUGAUCUUGUGGUGUGGUUGCAUUUCAA